UGCUUAGGACUGCAUGUGGGUUUUGUUUUACCAGUUGCAGCAGGUUAAUGAUGGCUCAUUUUAAGUUUGCUGACAUUGGAAUAAAUUUGACGGAUCCCAUGUUCCGGGGAAUUUACAGAGGGAAUCAGAAACACCAAGACGAUUUCCAAGAGAUUAUUGAAAGAGCUAUUAAAAUCGGGGUCCAAAAGUUCAUGAUCACCGGAGGGAAUCUUGCGGACAGCAAGGAAGCCCUGAAGUUAGCAGAAACACGAGAUGAAUUUUAUAGUACUGUGGGCUGUCACCCGACUCGGUGCACUGAAUUUGAACAAAACGGACCUGAUCAGUACCUUGGAGCAUUGAGAGAGCUGGCUAUGUCAAACAAAGGCAAGGUGGUGGCUAUUGGUGAAUGUGGUCUCGAUUUUGAUCGGUUGGAAUUUUGUCCAAAAGAAACUCAGCUUGUAUAUUUUGAGAAACAGUUUGACUUGGCUGAGGAAACAAAGCUGCCAAUGUUCCUCCACUGCAGAAACUCACAUAAGGAUUUUUUAGAUAUCAUGAAAAGAAACAGAGACAGAUGUGUUGGAGGAGUGGUGCAUUCCUUUGAUGGGAGUAAAGAAGAUGCCAAAGCCCUAACUGACUUGGACCUUUAUAUUGGUAUCAAUGGCUGCUCUUUGAAGACUGAAGCAAAUCUCGAAGCGAUGAAAUCCAUCCCCACUGAAAGGCUGAUGAUUGAAACAGAUGCCCCUUGGUGUGGAGUAAAGGCCACACAUGCAGGAUCAAAGUACAUCAAAACUACAUUCCCCACCAAGAAGAAAUGGGAGGCAGGACAUUGCCUGAAGGACAGGAACGAGCCCUGCCACAUCAUCCAAGUGUUAGAAAUCAUGGCUGCAGCAAGAGACGAGGACCCUUUGGAGAUGGCAAACACCAUUUUCAACAACACAAUGAAAAUGUUCUUUACAGAAAGCUGACGCUACUGGUUCAUUUGUUGCGUCAGAUUACAGAUUACUUCAUUUGCCUUUAUGUUUCAGACAAUAUGAAGAUACUUGUAUUAUGUGGGCAUCUGCACCAUUGCUUAUGUAUAUUAAAA